GUUUUACUCAUCACAUAUGGUCGUGAACUAUUCAAUUUGUGUGUUGCCACGUGUUUGUUACUAGUAUCAUAGGAGAGUAUCGUAUUAACUAUGUCUUCUCUCGUGAACAAUAGAGAAGAAGCACGACCAGUCAGCACAACCACAUAUUUCUUGGGGAUAGUGAAACAAGUCUUAUCGGGAGAUACUAUUGUAAUACGUGACAGACCCAUAAAUGGUCCACCUCCAGAACGAACCAUUAUUUUGUCCAAUAUAUCAUGUGGUCGCGUUGCUCGUAAGCCGUCGACGGGAAUUCCCACUGGAACACCAGAAGAUCCGUUUGCUUGGGAGGCCAGAGAGUUUGUUCGUACUCUUUUAGUUGGUAAAGAAGUUUGCUAUUCUGUCGAAACAGAACAGCCAUCUGGUCGCAAAUAUGGAUGUGUGUAUGUUGGGAAAAAUAUCAGUGGAGAAAAUGUUGCUUUGUCCUUAGUGGAACAAGGCUUAGCUGAAGUGAGAAAGCUAAAUCCGACAGUAGCUGCCAAAAAUAAAAUUUACCAGCAACUAGUAACCGCUCAAGAACAGGCAAAGUCACUUGGUAAGGGUCGUUGGUCUCCCAACCUCCCUGUUACAAGAGAAAUCCUUUGGUCAGUCGAGAAUACUCGUAGCUUCUUUGAGAGCUACAAAAACCGACCACUUAAAGCUGUUGUCGAAAAUGUUCGAGAUGGUUGUUCUGUACAAGUCUUCAUUCUACCUGAAUCCCUCAAUGAAAAGCCAAAUACAUUUGUAUACGUUACUGUCACAAUGUCAGGGAUUAAAUCUCCAUCGAUACGUUAUGAGGAUGGAAAAAUUGUUCCCGACGCGUGGGGUCUCGAUGCGCUAUUCUUUACCGAAUCCAGACUGCUACAGAGAGACGUUACUAUACUGUUGGAAUCCGUAUUUAAUCAAACUUUCGUCGGAAGCAUCCUCCACCCAAAUGGAAAUAUAGCUGAGUUGUUGCUGCGUCAUGGUCUUGCUCACUGUAUUGAUUGGAAUCUAAACUUAGUAAGCGUCCCAGGUGCUGCUGAAGCCUAUAAAAUAGCUGAAAGACUUGCGAAAGAAAAGCGACUUCGCGUGUUUGAAAACUACCAGCCCACACAAACAACGGAAGUACAUGCAGACAGUCUUCAAACAGUUGUUCCAGGGAAAAUAUUCAGUGGAAUUAUAUGUGAAGUCGGAAACGGUGAUAACGUCUCUAUCAAAUGUUCAGAUGGUGUCCAUAAAUUCUUUCUAUCCAGCAUAAGAGCUCCACGACCACAGACCAGCAGCAAGGAAGACGAUUCUUCUGUCCAACGUGGUCGUAUUCGUCCGCUUUACGACAUACCUUAUGUGUUUGAAGCUAGAGAGGUACUUCGCCAGUUCGUCGGAAAACAAGUAACUGUUCAAGUUGAUUACAUUCAACCGAAGACAUCUAAUACUGUUGACGAACGUGUUUGUGCUACAGUGCGAGCUGAUGAUGUCAACCUUGCAUUGACCCUAGUUUCAAAAGGUCUGGCCUCUGUAGUCCGUUAUCGAAACGCUAAUGAUUCUCGUUCUGUAUUUUACGGUGAACUUCUUGCGGCAGAAGAAAAUGCGCAGUCUAAGGGACUCGGAAUGUAUAGCAAACAAGAUCCCCCGAUUCAUCGUGUUGCCGAUCUCACAGGGAAUGUAGCUAAAUCUAGACAGUUUUUAUCUUUUCUACAACGUGCUGAGCGAUUGGACGGUGUGGUAGAGUUUGUAUUUAGUGCAAGCAGAUUCCGUAUUUAUAUACCUCGAGAGACAUGCGUAAUCACACUGUUGCUUGGAGGUAUUCAGUGUCCACGCCGGGGAAGAGUGGGUCCAGAUGGUGUCGCUUUACCCGAUAUGCCAUUCAGUAACGAGGCUUACACGUUUGCUAAGGAAUUGUGCAUGCAUCGUAACGUUGAAAUUAAGGUAGAAACAAUUGAUAGAGUAGGGAAUUUCGUUGGCUAUCUUUUCGUGGACAUUCCUGCUCUGUCUAACAAUGGACCAGAUAUUAACAAGUCGUCAGGCAAGAAAAAGAAAAAAAGGGUUGCCGAAACUACUGUUAGACAAAAAACAAAUCUAACUGUCUUACUAAUAUCUCAAGGUUUCGGUACUGUUCAUCGGGCUCCCACAACCGAACGAUCACCUCACUAUCACGAUAUGAUAAAAGCAGAAGAAGAUGCCAAAAUCAAUCGGUGUGGUCUGUGGUCAUCCGAUCAAUUCGUAAAGGAAUGGGAAGCCGAAGUCCAAAAUAAUUCAGAUCCCACUGCUUUGAGCGGUGCAGAGGACGGUAGUCUUAUUCCACUGACUGGUGUCUCAGAAUAUUUGGACGACUUAUCAGAACUACAACUUAAUGAAAAUAGUGAUUCGACAACUGUGAUCAAUAAUGAUAAUAUUAAGCAGUUAUCAUGGAAACCUGUUCAAAUAACCGGGAUCUCCAGACCUGCUUCUGGUAGUCAGGGUCUUCGAUUCUUCGCUCAACACUUAUCAGAUGCGUGCACCCUGGUCAAGAUUAGUCAAAUGCUGAAUAGCCAAUCAUUUCCUUCAUUCCCAUCAGAAUACUACCCUAAAAAAGGUAGUCUGUGUAUUGCAUGUUUCAGUUUAGAUAAUUGCUGGUACCGAGCACGUGUCAUUCGUAGUUCACCCAAAUCUGUUACAGUUCAGUUUAUUGACUUUGGUAAUGAAGAAGUAAUCGAUUCAGCUGAGUAUUCAUCACGUCUUUCUCCUCUUCCAUCUGGCCCACUAAUGCAACUUCCACCACAAAUGAAAGAGUAUCGUUUGGCAUUUGUUCAACUUCCUCCCGAUGCUUCCGAUCGUGUGUUUGCGGAGCGUGCUUUUUGCGACCUCGUUGAAAACAAAGAAGUAGGUGAAGUGUUUGCACUGGGUUCAUCUUUUGUUUUUCGUUUUAUAAGACUCUCAUUGGAGUACAAUGCGUAUUAAUAACGUCUGCGUACCGUUAGAUAAAAUCAAAGUAUCUAAUUCAUGACCGAAUUACAGAUAUAUACUUAGUAAUUCUUAGAUUAUGUCUAUGUUAUUAAUUUUGAUUCGUUCAGGUGUUUAAUCCCGUACACUUCUACACGUGAAGUCGGAGGUUGAUUAUGAGAAAGUGGGAGACACUCGUAAGCUACUAGUAUUUGAUCACAUAUGCCUCAGAAAUAUUGCUGGCGUCUGCUGGGAUCACCGGGUAAGUAAUAGUGAGGUUAGACGCAGGGUAUUAGGGAAUGAUGGUAAAUCAGUCGAUGAGGUUGUGAAUCUUCAUCGACUGAGAUUGUUGGGCCACGUGUUACGUAUGCCUGAACACCGAUUACCACGACGUGCAAUGCUAUCCGGUGUUGGGGAUGGUUGGAAGAAAGUUAGGGGCGGCCAAACCAAAACGUGGCAUCAGUGCUUGAAGUCACUAACUUCUAAUCCGAGUCAUGUUGGUAGAUGCAGACUACUUGGUUGGGGUCCGCAUGACUAUCGUAACCAGUGGUUGGAGACUCUUGGUGACAUGGCUCAGAAUCGAUGACAAUGGCGUCGGUGUAUACACUCUCUGUCUUCCCUUAAAUCGUGAGAUUAAAAUCACUUCAUGUCUUUCUUUCUACGAACUAAUUCUUUCUUCCUGUACUAUAUCCUUAUUGCAAUCUUUCUUUUAUAUAAUACCACCAGUGAAUUAACUACUUCUAUGAAUCUGGUGUCCAUCUUGUUGUGUUAAUGAGGUAUGGCAACUUGGACCGAUGCAUAUAUGUGCCUGGUCCUACUUUGUAGCUGACUGACUGACUUUUACACGUAGCACGUAUAGAUCGAAGUGUUAUCUAAACACAUUUAUUUUGCUCAUUUAUAUGCCACUUAGAUACAUUCCCUGUUAGCAUCACCCUUUAAAGCUCAGAACGGUUAUCAAAUCAUUCAAAUGAAGGCUUAUUAGUUGGGACUUGGUUUUCAACUCAGUUUUGAGCACCACUCCACCUGUUGUGAUUUUUGAACAGUUGGUUAAUAUCCCUUGCACAAAGAGAUUUAAUCCCUAGCAAACCUGUAGUUGGUCCUUGCGUUUGUUCGCGAAAUACAGAUUGGAUCAAGACAUGUUCAGUGCAGGAUCGUGUUGGGGUAUGCUGAUUACCUAUUUCUUAUCCAACAAGCGCUAAUGGAUACCUGGAAAAGACUCUAGAAUUUCCCUAUGUAAAAAUUAUGAACAUACUAACGUUUUUCUUAUUGUGAUUCCUACUUCCAUGCAACCUUCUUGUUUGGAAUAUAAAUACCUUCCUGCUCAAUUGUGUUCUGAUAUGGGUACUUAUCGAGUGAAUUAGCUUCCAAGAAUAAGCAAUAAGAUUAGCUGGGUCGUUAUAGAAAUUAUAACAGCGUUGUAGUAGUUUAAAUUUAUCGACUCAUGAAAAUUAUCAUUUUUCAAAGAUCCUCCCUUCUCGAUGCUUUAUCUGCAUUUCAAGAUGUGUUUCUGAAAAAGUGAUCUACUCCGUCUUCAGGUAAAAUAUUCCCAUAUUUUUCAGGAAAUAUAAACCAGUAGAUUUUGGGUAAACUGUAAUGCACCCAAGUCCGCUUGUUCGAUUACUUUAGUCUUCUUUUUUUCAACAGUUGAGACUUGCUGUUCAGUACGAAUCGGUACCGUGUGGAAACGAAUCACUGAAACCUGUCCCAGCAGUGACACUAUUGCUACCAGUUGCAGAUCUUAAAACAUCUGGGUCAUCUGUCUGUCCAAACGACAUAGACAUCAGUGAGUCACUGUUGUCUAAUGGUUUGGUCUGUGUUGAACCUAUCCAGCCUCAGCUUCUUAAACGACUACCACGCAAUCUUCUCCACAAGUAUCUAGAUGCGCAAGCAUUAGCAAAAAAAGAACGUAAAAACAUUUGGCGAUAUGGUGACUUUCGUGCAGAUGUGGAACAGCUGUGAUAUACAUUGCACAACAAUUAGAACCAAAAAUGUGCCUUUAAAAUACCAGCUGAAUAUGAACGACUACCGCCCAACAAUAGCAUCAACCUUAUGCUCUGAUUCAUUUUGUCUGUUGCUUACUAUAUGUUGUAAGAGUACACUUCAUUGUUGUGUUUGUCUUGGAAUUUCAGGUAGCUAUUCUUCCUUUUUUUAAAAAAUGUAAAAAGCAGGUUUACUUUAGUUUGUCAAUAUCUAUGAUAUUCUUGUUGUUCAUUGGACUCCCUAAGUACAAUAUAAAACUAAUGUUAUAAAAACCAGUUUUUGUUAGUAAACUACUUUAAUUUCUAACUUAAGUCACUUGUAUUUUCGUUUUACUUGACAAAUGUUUUAAACUAUUAUAUCUGUGGCAAUUAUGUUAAUUAUACGAAAUUAUGCUCCUAAAUAUUUCUGUACUCAGUAAUGUAUGUUUACGGUAAUAAACUGUGAUUUUGUUUUGUAUGGUUGCAUUUAAAUGAUCACAAUGCGCUACAUGCAUCUUCAUGAAACUUGACAGCUUAUUUCCUGACUUUGUGCGACACCCUCUCUAGUGAGUUUUAUUGAGUUUGUCAAUUGUAAUGCUGGCAGUCAGUCGUAAACAACACAGAACUUUGUAAUUAAGUUACUGUCACACCACAUCAUAUCGAGAUAAAACUGCUUACACAAGUGCCAGUGCAUUAGAAUUAGUAACAGUAUCUGCAGAAGUAAAAAAAGCGUUAAGCGCAAACAGUAUGAUUCGAAGAAAGACGAACUGGCGAAAGUAAGAACAACAAUUUUAAAGCACGAAACAAGGAAUUUAUCUGGUACUGAUUCUAACCCAUGUCGCUCAACUCUCCAAUGAUUGAUUACAGUGAUCGAUUGAAUACGAAUUAUGCAAUCUGCAUCCACUAAUAUGACCUACCUUAACAGUCAUGACUAGAGGAAAACUGCGAAGCCGCUCUCCAUCGGGGUUUAUUAUAUAUUGUGCCUAUGCGUGGAGGACGUGACCUAGACACCAUAUUAUUUAUUUAUUUGGACACAUAAAUAUUGGUACAAGAGAGCGCCAAAUAUAUAUGCGCCACACAAAACAAUGAGAAUUUAAAGAGGAGACAAAGGUACGGAGUGUAAGAAAAACGAACAAUAACGAAGAGAUUGGUGUAAGGUAGUGAAGUAAUAAUAAUAGUAAUAAUGAGGGGACGGGAAGGUACAAUCAGAAGAAAUCUUUCAGUUAAGGGAGACACAACCACUUUAUGAAGAAAGUAAAAGAAGGUUACAGCAGGAUUGCCACUGGCUUCUAUUCUGAGCCAUAUCCGAUAACGUCUCUGGCCACUGUGUUGCACCGUCUCUCGGACCCCAACCAGGGACCAACAGAAGCCAGUCCUUUGAAGCUUUCUUUCAUACCACGACAUGUCAUACACUGACCACCUCUCCGCUUCUUCCAACCAGUCCCAGAGUCGGCAAACAGUGCACGACGUGGAAUUCUCUGGGAUGACAUUCGUAGGACAUGUCCAAGCCACCGAAGUCGGUGUUUCAAGAUGGUGACACCAAAUGCAUUAUCGUCUCUGCCCGAACACACGAUGCCGAACCUCUGCAUUACUAACAUGGUGUUGCCACUAGUUGCAGCAAACCUUCGGAGACAGAGGAUCGAAUGCAGAGGGUUGUCUAACAUCCUCAACUCGGAGGCCAGGUUUCACAAGCAUAGACCAACCGGCCUUUUACAACCAGACCGACAUCACGAAAGCACCAAAGUGGGCCCGGAUUGGCAUAAGCCUCUCUGGCUUUCACUAUACAUGAACUGAUAUCGUCACUCACGCCACCACCAGCUACCUAGAUACACGACAUUCUCGACUACUAUUUGCUCACUAUCCAGGGUGAGUACAGGAUUGGAAUCCUGCCAAACUUGUAGAAGUACUUCGCACUUCGAAGGUGCAAAGCACAUACCAUACCCACGGACACUGAUUGCCAACUAAGUGCGGAUUGCAUGACUUGGGCGUUAUCGCACAGUAAGACAAUAUCAUCCGCAUACUCAAGGUCGAGAAGUCUCUUUCCAGACGACAGACCCACACCGCCAUUUCUUACAUUCACCAGAAUGUCGUCGAUGGCAAAGUUGAAGAGAAAUGGUGAGAUUGGGCAACCCUGCCUAACCCCACUGCUCGAAUGGAACAAUGGAGAGUUGUUGUAUGCCGUCACUCUACAUGGACACCAUAAUUUGCGAAUUGAUAACUAAUAAUUCAAAUAUCCAUUUAGACCCGAAGGCACAUUUUCAUUUCCCAAGGCCACCAGGAGCUUAGACGUGAUGAAUUCGUAGUUGCAUUUAUUCUCUACCUUAAUUUAAAUUUAGAGUUAGGUGUCAUUUGAUCUCAUUUCCUUCGCCUCGAAAGUAGUCUUAUUUUGUUAAUUUCCUCUCUUUGUACGCUUAUAUAACGUGUCCUUACCUAGAACGAUAACUCAACUACGUACAUUCACAUUUUAACGCUUAUUGGAUCAUUCGUAUCUCAUUACAUCCAUUGUCUCAAAUCUAAUACUUACUUCCACAGACAAUAGUCGUUAGACUACAAACAUAUAUUCAGUGGAAUUUCUACCAUUGUUAUUUCCUCACAGCUGAAGUGAUCAUAUAUCAUACAUGUACACGUCUUAGCAUAAUCCAUGAAAUUCGCAUAAUUACAUUUUAAUACGAGACAUUUAGAAGCAAUAACCAGUCAACAUAAGUCAUCAAAAACCAAGUGAUCAUGCUUACAAGCCUACUUCAAUAACUUGAGUUGUAAUUUCACAAAUAAAUAAAUGAUUAAUGACUGAAUUAUAGUUUGACAAAUAUUCUAAAGUCAUCGUAAUCAUUGUUACGUAAGAAUUAAAUAUUUUGUCUAAAUGACUACAGCAUGUUAAAACAGAGUAUAAUG